CCCUACUGUGAGCCGCUGCCUGUGGAUAUCGCGGAUGCCAGAGCAGAAUAGACCUAGUCGAGAGACAGACCCAUUCACACUCAGCCAAAGCGAAUAAAGGAGAGGGGUAGUGGGAGAGAUAAGGAGAGGUGGUUUUACGCGUUGUCAGUGUGGUUUUCAGCUUCGGAAAAAUAGCUACUGUAAGAAGAGGAGGACUCGCAAUAUUGGGCACUAGAAUAAGAAAAAAACGCGUUAUCCCGUUCUGCUGCUGCCGCGGCUCGUGAGCGCAUUCUCUGCUCGGUUUGGAAUACAAUGUGUCUGCAUGAGACCAUGGAGAUACGGAGUGGAUUUAUCAAAGAGCACUUCGACAGUUUAUGAACAAAACUGGACCUCUCUUUUUCUACGGCAUUUUGCCCCCCUUUUUCGUUGGGAUUGUGUUUUUUGGUGUAUUUUUCCGUUUGCAUAUUUUCGUUUGAUUUAUGGUGUUUUAUGAUUUCAUGUCAUAUUUUCAUUUUUUUUUAAACUAUUUCGGUUUUUACUUUUCAUCGGUUUUGGAGGAGAGCUGGAUUGACUCGUCGUGAAGAUUUGUGGACAGAAGAUUCCCCGUCGCUCAUGUGAAUGAUAUUCUAUCUCCCCAACUGAGACGUGCCAUGGAUGGAAAACUUAAUUUGCAUCAACGAAACCGAUCGGGAAAUAUCCGUUACAUCGAAUAACUACUGCUAACAGCAAUCAGGACGAAUGACAUAGGAUGAACACUACUGGCGGGGUGUGUCUGUGUGUGCUGUCGUCCCUCCUCGGUGUGGCCUGGGCCGUGGCUGCUCUAGUUCCUCUAGCUCUAGCUCCUCUUUCUACCCUGGCCGCUGCCUAUGGGGCUGCCAGUGGCGUCUCUCCCAGGGAGGCAGAGGGGGGCAGCCUCCCCUCCCAGUGCUCCAGCCUGGUAGCAGGGGUACUGUAUGGAUCUUUCUCUCUGAGAGAGCUGUUCCCGUCCCGGGUGCCGGGCUGUUCCUGGUCGUUGGAGAACCCCGAUCCCACCAAGUAUUCCCUCUAUCUCCGAUUCACCCGUCACCCCUCCAUCUGUCAAUCACACUCCCCCAUGCUCCUCCCACUCGACCAUCAUCUAGCCAAUCAGAGUUGCCCGCUGGAUCUACAGACAUCAACUCAGGACGUGAUAGACCUUUGCGGCAGCCAAUUAGAAUCGGAAGGACCAUAUUCAUUUUUACAGUUCGACAAGAACUUUGUUGAGCUAUGCCUGUCGAGACUACCGUCACCUGAUGAACCGCCGGUAACCAAGGAAACGCUAGAACUCCGGCUAGUCGAGGUUUUGCUAAUCAACAAUGAGAACUCCAGCCAGUUCACCUGUGGAGUACUCUGCCGAUGGUUUGAGGAGUGCCUGCGCAAUGGUCGUCAUGGAGACAGUGACGCUGCUGACGGUGACGGUUGCAGAGUUACUCAGACGGGGUGUGUGUGUCCUAACAACAAUGUGGUCAUGGCUCAGCCUGUACCCCUUCUCCCAUCAACGCCCCAUAACAACGGAUCGCUGUUACCUGAGGAUUGCUGCGUCACAGAGCUGCACCAUAACAAUGCCAUUGCCAUAGCUCCCAGGGACGUCAGACAAGAUCCCUACUCAGACUCAGAUGAUGAUGACCUGAAGGUGAAGACACAGAGACCCAGAUCAGCAGACCAGCCAGGUGUGUUUCAGGCACAGACAGGUGACCCUGCGGCGGAGGAGUGGUCUCAGUGGAGUGUGUGUUCGUUAACAUGCGGUCAGGGUUGGCAGGUGAGGACGCGCUCGUGUGUGUCCUCUCCCUACGGCACCCUGUGUAGUGGCGCCCCUGAGAGAGACACGUAUGUGUAACAAUACCGCCACCUGCCCCGGUGACCCAGCACUGAGCUCAGUGGAGGGUCAGUGGUUGGACUGGGCUCCGUGGUCUAGGUGCAGUGUAACCUGUUCCACAGGGAGCCAGCAGAGACAGAGGAGGUGUAGUGCAUCGGUGCACGUCUGGGCAGAGUGUAAGGGACCACACCAGGAGACCAGGGAGUGUACCAACCCAUCCUGCGGUGGUGGGGGUAACUGGGGCAGCUGGAACCACUGGAGUCUGUGCAGUAAGACGUGUGACUCAGGGUGGCAGCGUCGCUUCCGGAUGUGUGAGGGGACAGGGAUACAGGGUUACCCCUGUGACGGCUCCGGAGAGGAGGUCCGCUCCUGCAAUGACAAGAAGUGCCCCGCACCUCAUGAGAUCUGUAGAGACGAGUACCUUGUAGCCAUGACCUGGAAAAGUGCCUCGGCUGGAGAAACAGUCUACAACAAGUGUCCGACUAACGCCACUGGAUCUGCAAGUCGUCGUUGCUUGCUGGACGCUAAUGGAGUUGCUUACUGGGGUCCUCCGAGCUUCGCCAGAUGCGUCUCGAUGGAAUUCAGAUAUUUACAUUUAUCUUUGCGAGAGCAUCUUGCGAAGGGUCAGAGGACCCUGGCUGGAGAGGGCAUGUCUCAGGUCGUGAGGAAUCUCCUGGAUCUCUUACAGAGGAGGAGCUAUUACAGUGGUGACCUCCUGUUCUCCACGGAGAUUCUCCGAAAUGUGACGGACACCUUCAAGAGAGCAACCUACAUCCCAGUACCCGACGACGCUCAGAAAUUCUUCCAGGUAGUCAGCUAUAUGUUGGACAUGGAAAAUCUAGAGAAAUGGGAAGACGCUCACCAGGUUUCUCCUGGUGCGGCCCAUCUCAUGCGUAUAUUGGAGGACUUCAUCCAUCUGAUAGGAGAUGAUCAGAAACCCUUCCAGAGUUUCCUGGUGGUCACCAACAACCUCAUGAUUACAAUACAGCGAGAGCCCGUGACAGCGGUGUCCAGUGACAUCAACUUCCCCAUGAAGGGUAGGAGGGGCAUGAAGGACUGGGCUCGAUCUGCUGAAGACAAACUCUACAUCCCCAAAGAAGUCUUCACCCUCACCUCCGAUGAAACAGAAACAGAGACUUCAUAUUUUGUCAUCGGAGCCAUCCUGUACCGGACCUUAGGAGUCAUCCUACCUGCCCCCAAUGCCCCUGCUGUGAUCAACUCGAAGAUUCUGACGGUGACGGUCCGACCAGAACCCAAACCCAGUGAACCCAUGGUAGUGGUGGAGCUGUCCCCGCUGCUCAAUGGCACAUCAGAUCCUCAGUGUGUUGUCUGGGACUAUGGGAACCCGGAAGCUGGCGCUAAGAACUGGGACACCGAGGGCUGCCAAACACUCACGUCUGCCGCCGUCCACACUAAAUGCCUGUGCAGCAGGAUCUCAACCUACGCUGUGCUAGCGCAACAAGCUAAAGACCCGGAAAUGGGUCCGUCCAGUAUGCCCUCUGUGCCCCUCAUGGUGGGCUGUGGGGUCUCCUGCAGCGCUCUGCUUAUCCUGUUGCUCAUCUAUGCUGCCUUCUGGAGGUAUAUUCGUUCAGAGAGGUCUAUCAUCUUGGUCAAUUUUUGUCUCUCCAUCCUGGCCUCCAACAUCUUGAUACUGGUUGGACAGUCCCAGACACUCAGCAAGGGCCUGUGUACUGUGACUGCUGCUUUCCUUCAUUUCUUCUUCUUGGCAUCGUUCUGCUGGGUACUGACAGAGGCGUGGCAGUCUUACCUGGCUGUGAUUGGCAAGAUGAGGACACGCCUCAUACGCAAACGCUUCCUGUGCCUGGGCUGGGGUCUCCCAGCCCUGGUGGUUGCUGUGUCAGUAGGUUUCACUAGAGCCAGAGGUUACGGUACACCCAGCUAUUGUUGGCUGUCCUUGGAAGGCGGGCUUCUCUACGCCUUUGUCGGUCCUGCAGCCGUCAUCGUAUUGGUGAACAUGCUGAUUGGUAUUGUGGUCUUCAACAAGCUCAUGUCUCGAGAUGGCAUCUCGGACAAGUCUAAAAAGCAAAGAGCUGGUCCACCGCUGGAGGCGUCGCGUAGCAGACUGCUCCUGAAAUGCUCCAAGUGUGGUGUGAUCUCAAGUACAGCUAUGUCCAGCUCUACAGCCAGCAGCGCCAUGGCGUCCCUGUGGAGUUCCUGUGUAGUUCUCCCUCUGCUGGCUCUGACUUGGAUGUCUGCUGUGUUGGCCAUCACCGACCGCCGCUCCACACUGUUCCAGGUGCUGUUUGCUGUCUUUGACUCUGUCCAGGGCUUCGUCAUCAUUACUGUGCACUGUGUCAUGCGCCGCGAGGUCCAGGACGCAGUGCGCUGUCGGAUGGGGGGAUGUAAAGAUGACAGCGAGAACUCACCGGACUCAUGCAAGAACGGACAGGUGCAGAUCAUGACGGACUUUGAAAAAGAUGUGGACCUGGCGUGUCAAACAGAAAGAGGACAUCCAUUCAUCUUCAAGGAGGUGAACACCUGUAACCCAGCAACCAUCACCGGGACCCUCUCCCGAAUCUCCCUUGAUGAAGAGGACGACCCUAAACUGGCGACCCACCAGGAGGGGGGUUUAGGGGUCAACUUCAGCUCCCUCCCUGGAAACAUCCCCCCUCCUAACCUACUUAUUCAGGUGCCCCCGCUGGGUGUUCUGAACGAGCUGAGUGACACCCCUGUGAAGAAGGAGGUGAACAUGGAGCAGAAGAGGCAUCAUGGAAACCCCAGGAACACAGUGCCUGUAUACCUCUGCACCGAUAGCGGGCUGGGCUGGUCUCGACCACCUCCUCCUCACAAUACCCAGGAUGGACCUAGCGGGGGAGGGGAGGGGGACUAUAUGGUGUUACCCCGUAGGACGGUCAGUCUAAAACCCCCUCCGCCCCCGGGGCUGGGGCUGGGGGGCGAGGACAAGCCCCUGAACGUGGACGACCCGCCUUUCCCCCCACCCCCCUCGCCCAUGACCCUCCACCCGGCAGAGAGCGAGGCCUACCCAGCCGACUUCAUCUCACCCGGCGACCACAACAUGAAUAUCGCAAUGAACAUGAACCGCUCCUACGGGACGCUCAAGCAGCUCCCCAUGCACGGGGGUCACGGACCCCAGGGCCACAUGCACGUUCCGGGAAGCCACGUGCACGGCCAUGGGCAAUCACUGCAGCUGAAGCAGGGCCAGAGGCCGUCGGUGAGGCAGAUACUAACAGGAGGGGGAGGCACCCGGACCCUGCCACGCAACCUUGGCAGCACCAACGCUAAUGCCAGCCUCUCUGCUGGCUCCCUGGAGAGGAAAAGAGUACGGUACUCUGAGCUGGACUUUGAGAAAGUGAUGCACACUCGCAAAAGACACUCUGAGCUGUACCAUGAGCUCAACCACCCCACCACCAAGUUCCACACCAUAGACAGGUAUAACAGGGACCCCGCCAUGUCCACCUUCAAGAGGGAAAAGCGAUGGAGCAUUUCGUCUGCCGGAGGUGAAAAGAACUCUUCGAGUGACAAGUCGACCCCGACCCAAGACGACCAGCACUCCUGGGACAGCUUCAAGACCAUGACCCCUGAGCUGUCCAUUGUGCCGGGGGAGCAGAAGGACAGGAUGGAGCUGCACAACAAGACCACCUGGGACUCCUCGUCUGCCAACACACCUGACACGUCUGAGGGGGACUUCCAGACUGAAGUGUGAUGAGGCAGAGAAACACACACACACAAACACACACACACACACACACACACAUACACACACACACACAUACACACACACAAACACACAUACACACAGACACACAUACACACACACACACACACACACACACAUACACACACACACACACACACAUACACACACACACACACACAUACACACACACACACACACACACACUUACACACACACACACACACACACACACACACACACACACACACACACACACACACACACACACACACACACACACACACACACACACACACACACACAUACAGUUUCAAGCGUAGACUAACAGGUAGCCACAUGUACAUACAUAGACAGACACACAGCACUCCUCCAAACCGCUCUUCACAUCCUAAAAUCUGCUCUCUAAAGGAUGAUAUCAUUUGUUUACUGCUAAUGUGGACAAGGACAAAGCAAAGACAACUGUUCUCUUCUAUAUUUUCAAACAGACUUUAAAUGAGAGAACAGGGGCUUGAAAGAGACUUGGACUGAGAAACGGAGACAUUUUUAAAUGGACAAAAAAACAAACAAAACUUUCUGAAAAAUGUCUUGGUUUUAUUCACUGGAAAAAAGGAUUCUCUUUCACCUGUUUGAUGAUUUGAAAAAAAAAAUGAAUAUUUCUGCACCGUUCUGUUCUUUUUAUAGAGAAGAAAUCUCACUGAUGUUUGGCACACUGUUAAACCCCUUAGGCUCCCUCUCUUCAUUUCUCUCCUUCUUUCCCUUCUAAUGGAUGACGCAAGCACUCGUUUUUUCUUCAGCUUUUUGGAGGGGUUGGGGAGGGGCAAGUAGGGAGUAAGAACGGAUCAUUGACAUGUGACCUCCUCUGCUUUUGCUAAGUCUCACACUCUUCUCUCGUCAUCCUUUUUGUAUUGGUAUGAUUUUAGUUAUGAUGUCCCUUCUCUUUGGUUAAACAAUUUGUGACAAAACAACCUUCAACUGAGUUUGUUGUUGUCUCAUUGUCUCUUAUAUGAAAGUCCUCUUUUAUUUUGCGUUUCCGUUCGUGCUUGUGCUACCUUUUCCAUGCUGAAUUUUAAAGAGUGAUUUAUUACCCAUCUGUGAUACGUGAGCUUGCUUUCUGAGGCAACAUGUUCUCAACGGUACACCUGUGGGAAUUGAGCGAAGGGUAUCAUCCAGAUUCAUGCACAUUUCCAUCGCUCUUUUUCCAGUUCAGUAAAAAAAGUAUUUCAAAGUCUUGAAACAUUUGAAUCAAUUACAGACAUAACCAACCAAAGCUGUCUUUCUGUCAGGAGAGUGUAGCCGAUCUGAAAGUGUUGCUGUACUAUUUCCCUUCCCUCCAUAUGGAUCCCAGGUCUUGUUAUAAGUGUAUUUCAAUUCUUCUUACUCCCCCUGCUUUAGGUGCUGUAUCGAUCACUGUGCCAUGCAUCCGCUCUCAGACCCUCAAGAAAACAGGGAAAUAAAGUCAUCUAUAGUUUCAUAUGCAAGGACCCAAGGUGCUUUUGCUACUCUGCUUGUCCGUAGUUGUCUUUGUGGUGAAUGAAAGAAGCAAAACAAGGAAUAGGUGGAUAGUUAGGAUAGCAACUCAACCCAAAUGUUCCACUUUGGUCAGAAACGCCGACAGGGCUUUUGUGGAAAAUGUAGACAGGUGUGAAAUCAAAGUCUAUCCCCAAACAUGUUCAUUAUAUUCCUCUCUCUCUCUCUCUCUCUCUCUCUCUCUCUCUCUGUCUCUCUCUCUCUCUCUCUCUCUCUCUCUCUGUCUCUCUCUCUCUCUCUCUCUCUCGCUCUCUCUCUUCCUCUUUCUCCCUCUCUAUUCUAUUCUUCUCUCUCUGUUUAUCACUCUCACUCGCAGUCUGUCUCACUGUUUCUCUCACUCUCGCAUUCCUCACUCCACCAUGGAUCAUGAAAUCUUCAUGUAACAGUGUAGUCCUUUCUAUCAGCCUUUCUAUCAGUGCACUAAAUAGGUAAUAGAGUGCCAUUUGGGAAGCAAACAAAUCACUUUUGAGUUGACUACAUAAAGUUAACUUUGUUUUCAAAAUUGAAAACAUCAGACACAAAAAAACACCCACACCUGACUGUUUUAAUACUACACUCUUGUAAAAAAGGUGCUAUCUAGAAACUUAAAGGGUUCUUCGGCUGUCCCCUUAGGAGGAUCAUUGAAAAAACAUUUUUGGUUGCAGGUAGAAUCAUUAUGCGUUCCAUGUAGAACUCUUUCUACAGAGGGUCUACAUGGACCCCAAAAGAGUUCUACCUGGAACCAAAAAAGGGUUCUCCUGUGGGGACAGAUGAAUAACCGUUUUGGAACCCUUUUUUCUAAGAGUAAAUAGCACAGAUCCACUAAUCCACUAUACUCUUGACUCGCCACUCCCUUCACUAAGCACUGAGAGUUGGUUAGAGAGAUGAGGUGUUUUAAAGGUAUACCUCCUGGAGGGCACAUCUCCAGGGUUAGUCCUUACACACUCCUUAGCAGAUGUGCAAUACCUCCCAAGUAGACUAGGGCUGUGGAGACCAGUCUCACUGGUCCCUAGUACAUGAGAGAAAGAGAGGAGGGAUGAGAAAGAGAACAAGCGAGAUUGACAGAACAGAAUACAAUGAGAGAAAAGAGAGUGAUAUACAAUCAGUGAGAGAAAGAGUUAUAGAGUGAGAGUAAGGGAGAGCUAGGUAGGUAGAGAGAGAGAGAACUAGAGAUGGAGAGUAGCGGUGAGCUCUAACAGUAAUUAUCCAGGGGAAUGUCCUGACAUUUGUCCUGACAUUUUCUGAGGCUGCCCUCAAACCAUCUGUGUAAAGAUCCCUAAUGGUACAGCGUGGAACACACACGCAGAUGGCAAGACAAGAGAGCCUGCCUCUCCAACCUUUACCGCUAAUCAGCUGAUAUGCAGCUCUAGCAGGACAAAGUCGCCCCAGACGCUGAUCUAAGGUCAGUUUUGCAUUACCUCUCCCUAAUGGUUUGGGUUGGAAAUGUGGGCAGGGUAAACUGAUCCCAGAUCAUUUUCUAAUGGCUACUUAUCUCUGACUCAUCAUACAACUGUGAAGGGAACGUUUGUGAUAGGUACUCACACAGAGGAACAGCUGAUGGUAUCCUAAUCCUUGUUCUGUCCUAAUCUUAAUACCAAAUGCCAUUACCAGGUGGAUAAAUACCACACUAGAGAGACAGGUAAGUGAGAGAGUGGGGAUGCAACUUCCUGAAUUGACAAACAUCUACAGAUCCUCAAGAUCACUAGUGUUUAAAUUGGUCCAUGACCAUGUGACUGUUCCUAAAUCUGUUUCAUUUCAUCAAUCAGUGUCCACUUCCUUGGUGAUCACCUCUGAUCUUUUCUGGGCUACCAGAAAACCCAUCUGAUUAAUACAGAAGAGAACUUCUCUAACUCUAAAGCGAUGUGUUGUGUUAGUUUGUUUGUCAUGGGCUUUUGAAAAGUUUCAGACUAUGACUAUACAAUCUGUCAACUAGAACUUCAAUCAUUAAACUUCAAAACAGUGAAUCCUGUAAAGAUUUAGUGAAUUGCACAGAUGAGGUAUUGAAAGCAGUAUGUUUGAAAAUGAUCUUCAGAGUGUGUGGUUUGGUGCAAGAAUAUGAUACAUUUGCUCAACUCUAGAUAAAUGAGAGGAACAGAAACAGAACCUCUGAUCUUGGACUACAGAGGUUACCCUCCAACCUACCAUGCUUGAGAUGUUGACCUAGCUUCUCAUACAACCAUCAACGCUCUCCCACUGGUGUUACAAAAGAAAGUCCCUCCUUCCUUUUCCUCCCACAUUCAUGUUUUUUUUUAUACAUAAGACUGUACAAAGUAGUCCUCUGUUUUCAUAGAGUGUCUGUUUUAUAUGAAAAUAAAUUUUCAA